GGUAAUGACAAACUAACUGUUCGAGGAAGAGUAUCUCGACCAAGGACCGGAAUUUGCCCCCUCGGACGAUUUUCCAUCUAAACGAUCAUGUUGACUUUAAACAAUUCAGACUGUGUAAUGGGAAGGAAGAAAAUGCAACAGACUGGACUAGAACCUGGGCCCUCUGAAUCUCUAGUCAGGUGCUCUACCAACUGAACACUUGAAGACAUCAACCCAGGAUCUUAAUCCCCUGGCAGGCAUUUUCACCUGUCAGUACCAAAUAAAUUGGAAUGGUGGGUGAAAUUCAGAAACCCCAAGGAUAUAUUGGAGAAACAUCCAACAUUUUUUGUGGCAGAAGCCUACAUGAUAAUUAAUUCCAUACUGUGUCUCUGCCAUGCUCUUCGCAAUGGUGGGCGAUACAAGUGGCUGUGGCUGACCUGUAUUCUCCAGGGGUUAACCACAGAAAUGGUCAGCUAUUUCCUUCCAGACAUUGACAACUUCUGGCAUGCUCAAGGGAUGGUGAUGUUUGCAGGGCAGCGACUACCAUUGUAUAUCAUGGUGUUAUAUACCUUCUUUUACUACACUGCUGUGGUUGGAGUUUCUCAUCUCAGACUUCCUUGGUGGGCAGAGCCAUUUGCAGUGGGUAUAUCUGUGGUCUUGAUAGACCUACCGUAUGAUAUUAUGGGCAUUAAACUGCUGUGGUGGACCUGGCAUGACACGGACCCGAACAUUUACGACCGCCAUUACUGGGUGCCAUGGACAAGCUACUAUUUCCAUGCUACAUUUUCUGCAGGAAUGACUUUUGUAUUUUAUGGAGUUCAUAAGCUCCUGACCAAGAGUGAAGAAAAGUUACAAAGUGCUGGAUUUUUCAAGGAGUUGAUUGCUUGCUUGCUGGCAGGCAUUUUGGGAAUGCCUCUCGGAGUAAUCCAGUUUAUGCCAGUUUACCAUCCUCUCCAUGAUAGCAAUAACAUCCACACAGAGGUGUGUGUUUUUAUCCAGAUGUCUGUCUAUGUCAUGAUUACUUGGGCAGGUGACAGAAAAGCUGCAGUCAAAAGACAUGAGCUGGUGGAAAGAGAGAAAACAAAAAAGAAAUCCUUCUUCAAUGAGGUUGUGCUAGCCUUGCUGAUCCAUUACUGUACCUACAUCUUUCUGGUGUUCACAGCCAAACCAGAGAAUCAAGUGGCUUCUGGGCUGCACGAAACCAUUGGUCCAUGUCAGGAAACCACCCCAGUGUACACUGCCUUUGGUCAUGUUCUGGAGAAACACAAGUACCUCUGUGUGGAGAAAUAUGAUGAAGCUGUGUUUGACUUUCACUGCAUAAAGGAUCUUCCCAAGCCGGGACAGAGCUGGUACACCAUCUGUGGCACCAAGUACCCCAACCAUCUGGAGUACAUUGUCAUUGUGUGUGGAGCCUGUCUGUUUGGCAUGGCCUACUACUGGCAGCUUCUAGUCUGUUCUGGCUCACAGCCACUGGGCUCCAAAGCAAAGAAAAAGGCCAAACAGAGUUAGAAAUUAGGAUUAAACUGAUUACAAAUAGAUCAGUACAUAUAUAUGUAUGUCUUCUGAUGGAGUGAAUUACAUCUGUAUAUGUACUAUAUCUAGUAACUACGGUAAUUCUUUUGAAUUGGCUCAUGUUCGGCUGAAUGGUGGUCAAGCAGACUUCAAUCAAAUGAUCUUAAGAUGAUUUCUCACACACCAUUUAUUAGUGUUCAAAUUAGCAUGGACUUAAUUUAAUAAUCAUGAAAAGAAGAUUCCUCCUGUUUUGAGGUUCAUUAGAUUUUAUGCCAGUGUCACUUUGAAUUUGAAUAGACUUAAAGAACUAUAUACAAGAUGGGCAUGAUUUGACCUGAUUUUAAUGAAUGUUGUGUAUAUUUCUAGAAAUGAUAUGUCAUUGGUUUCGAGAAAAAUCACUUGCUCUAUAGUUUUUUUUUUAAAAAAUCAACGCUUCAAAAUUAUGUUUUCAAUUAAAAAAAACACAACAAAUAACAUAUUUUUCUGAAAUUCUAUUGCAAGAAUUCUGCAAAGUUGGUGAAUAUGUUUCUUGGUUUUGCAAAAUUGGAAAAAGCAUACCGUACGUAUAAACUUGAGAGAUUGCAAAUGUAUUUUCACCAAAUUAUGUCCAAGCAAUUUAUAGUCCUUUGUGGUUUCUGAAUGGUAUUUCAAACAUUCAAUCACAAAAAGCAUUUGUAGUCAUGAACCAGUCUUUUUUUUUCAUGGAGGCAUACAGUUUAUAUGCUGGACCAUUGUUUAUACAUAUUACAAGUGGAAGAUUCCAUUGGGUUUUGGAACACAGCUUCUGGGGUCAAAAUCCCUGAUCGUUUAUACUGAAAAGUGUGAAAAUUAGAGGGUUUCCAAAUGAACAAUACCAUGUAUGUGAUUCAAACUCGGGUAGUUUGACAUAAGGUUAUACAUGUAUAUUACAGUAUAUACAGUAGAUCUCUUGUUUUGGAAUCACGGAAUUAUUGCCUCCCUCUGACAGUGACAAAGCAAGAGUACCACUUGUGUUGUUGAUUUCAGUGAAGUAUACAUGAUUUCUUAUAGAGGUAAUCUGCUCUAUCACUUCAGUGAAGGCUUUGAAGUUUAUACUAUUUUGAUUUUCAAAAGUUGCUGGAUAUACUGCAGAUCAGGUAAUUUGGAUGCAUUAGAACUUUUAGAUUUUUUGACGGAUGAUGGAAAAUAGGUAAAAAAUAAUAGCACCAUUUAAAUUUUGAAGAUUUCCAUUGCAUGAAAUGAAAAUAUGCCAAAGAAUAAGGCACCAGGAUUUCCAAUUACAAAUUAAAUUUUCAUGAUGCUACAAUUUUCUGAUAUAUAUGUGAUAGUUUACAAUGUAUUUUUAUUGUGUACCAUAUUGUGUCCAAGAAUAACAUGGCUAAUUACUGUUCAUUAUUUCAUCUUGCAGUUUUAUCAUUAAGAAACCGUGUAUAUUAUUAUACUCAUACACCCUCUCAAGUUGUUUCUAUGAAUGAUUGUUUUAGUUAUGUAUGUGUGAAUGAUUCAUCAUGUGAAAUAAGAAUAUAUUUAAGUUUAAAAUGUCCUAGUUCAUUUGGCAAGAUGUCUUUGCAUUGAAUGCAGUUUGCAUGAUGUUUUGCUUAACAUAUCCAAAACUGAGAUUCUUGUCAGUAUUUUCUCCAAUAAAAAAUACCCAUGGUGGA